UUGUUUAUGGGGGGUAAUCUCCGUUGAACCCAUGUGUUACCGCCGACGAACAAGUCACACGGAAGGCUUUGUCCAAGCUCUUCAAUCUGCCAUGGAGCAUCAUGUUCAUCACUUGUGCUCUCCCUUUCUUCAACAAGGAAAAUCUGAGUCCAAAAUCUUCUCGGGUUUUGCUUCCCCCCAGUUCCAGCACCAGAUCCGUAGCAUCCUCCGACCAGAUCCGAGUUUUUUUGGCAAACUUAUACCGUCCUUGACAACCUUACAACCAUGUCUUCAUCUGUUUGUGAAUCUGAUGUCCGAUGUAGGUGGGAAUCCACUCCGGCGUCUAGCUUUGAGCCAUUUGUUUGUGAAUCUGGUGUCCAAUGUAGGUGGGAAUCCACUCCGGCGUCCAGCUCUGAGCCAUCAAAAACUAGUAAGGUCAUGUUAUCUGCGCACAACUUCCAUCUCUCCCUCUAUUGCGAAGAGUAUUUCACUACCAUAUCUCUUUUCUAUGAAUGGAACAAAUUUAUCGGAUUCUUUUUCGAGCUUUAGUUUCAGUUUACUCACCGGUUUGUUACCUUGUGGAGCGGUCUGUACGGGACCUGAAGGUGGAAUCGAGACUACUUCGGUUUUUCUUGUUGGUGAGAACUGUCUCUCAACGUCACUUGUGACUAUCUCUAAGCUGUCCGACUUUGUCGUGAAAGCUUCCCCGGCGCAUUCAAGCAUCGUCUCGAAUUCGCUGUCCUCUUCGGUUGAAGACUUAUCUCGUUUAGCUUAUUUAUUUGUUGCAUUUUAUGCUUAUGGACAAAGAAGAUGGAUGAUUCCCUCUUUUUGUUGUAUGGAAAAAGAUUGAGUUUUUAAUGAAAGUAAGUUUGUGUUUAAAAAAAAAGGUUUGUCUCUUGUGUGAUAUGUUCUAUGUUUGAUAUAAUGAUAAUUUCCAUUUCGUAAGACUCGUAUCAGUUUCUGUCUUGUGUUCUAAGCUUGUGAAAAAAUAUAUUUUUGUCUUGUGUUCUAAGCUUGUGAAAAAAUAUAUUUUUGUUUGUGUUCUAAGCUUUUUAUUAUUUUCAGGACAUGAGAUUGGAUUAUAGCUACAUGCAGUCGUCUUUUUUUUUAAUGUAAUGUAAUAAAAUAUUUGUAAUUUUCUAUUAAAUGAAUGAAUUUGUUUUUCUUAUUAGUUAUUCAACUUAAAAUGGUAAUAUGUUUAAUCUUAUAUAUGUUACUAGUUAUUUUAAAACAAAAAUUAACCUAAGGACCAACAAAAAAUCCCACCAAUAAUCACCAUUUUCAUUAAAAGUCCUUAACAAUGUCCUAAUCUAUAAAUAACAAUAAAAAACUCUAUGGACCACCAAUUAAGUCCUAUUGAUAAUCAUGCUCUAAUGGUUAGACGAAUUUAUUUUUUACAGUCCUUCAAGUUACAUGAAAACAGCAUCACAAAAUUAAAACAUUACCUCAUGAUAUAUAUUUUGACAGAGACAGAAUAUACAGUCAAUAACUAACUAAUGUAAAUUGUUAACGUUGAAAUAUUGACCUGACGCAUUCACCCUCCAUCGAAGAAAAAAAGGAAAUUAUGUAUGAUACUGGACACUUGGGGUCCAAGUUAUCUCAUGUUUUCCUUUUAUUUUUUGUUUUUCGACGCUCUAUAUAAUAUGAUUCAUUAUUCCAUCUCUCUCUAUUUCCAUACUUGAUUUCGGGAGUGAAACCCUAGAUACACUUGUCUCUCUCUUUUUUCCAAAUUCAAUCUCUUCCACAAAUCAACAAAGUAAAGAAACAACACCAUGAUGACGAUGAAGAAAAUUGCGACUGCAACACAGAAGGCUGGGGCUGAAGCGAGGCCUGUCCAGGCGAAGAAGCAAUCGGCUCCACCAAUGAAACUUUCUCAAAACCCUAAAUCUGUGAUUAAGAAAAAACUGAAGAAGCCUUGCAAGUCUGUUUCAACAAAGCCAAUAGAGGUGACGAAGAAGAAGCAGUCGAUUCCGGAAGUUUCUGGAAACCCUAAAGCUGUUCCAGCCGUGAAGAAGAACGAUAAGGAUACUUUGGAGCUGUUCGAAAUAGCCAAGAAAUCCGCUGACGUGGCCGACACGAAAGGACUUCUCGCCGCCAAAGCAGAGACGUCAAUCUGUGUGGAUACUCUCUCUUUGCUCAUCGGUUCGCCCAUAAGCGCAACAGCUCCUGAGACGAGGAGGAUCAUGGAGAGGCUUGGGCAUCUCACAAGGCACAAAGAUCGCAAAAUCUGCAAUUCCGCAUCGGCUCUUUUACAACAUUGGAGUCAGAGCAUCAGAGAUCAACAACACUAAGAUGCCCUCUAUAACUCAAGGACAAAAAACACCAAGGAAGCUAGUAGGCUUUGUGAUUUUGACAGCAACGUCGGUUGUUUUAUUCUUCUUGGCAAAUUUACCACUUUAUAUUUCAAUUACUCAAACCCUGGUCACGAAAAGAUGAAAAACACAACACAAAAAUCUCUCCCAAGCACGAGUUUUUAGAAAAGUUUAACCGGUUGACUUUAGUUGUUUCCCCCCCUUUACCCCACGUGUUUCCUCAUAUCUCAGCCUUUUAUCCUCUGUAAUUCCCUGUAUUUUUCAAAAAAGUUUCUGAUUGUAGUAAUACCCAUCGGUCCAAAGCCAGCUUCUCUACGCAAACAGAGUUUCUGACCGGAACUCCACCGGGUUCAGCCCCCAACGCCGUCGGAGGGUCAGCCAGGUGCAACACCCCUGAGCCGUCGUCGAUCUCUCACUCGCCUUGCAAGUCGUUUCUCUGUCUACUUCUGAAAGUAGAUCUCGGUUCUAUGGAGUUAUUCUGCUAGAAGAACAUCGUUACUUUGGUUGUAAUAACCUCUCUCUUACCCCACUACUCAUAACGCUCAACAACAUUUACUAUCCGAGCAUUGAUUACCAACGAUUCUAAGCGGUGAGAUACUUAAAUAAGCUACAAUACGGUUGGUAGGUUGCCAUAACCUCGUACAAACCCUAUUUUGGAAACACUGGAAAGAAACCCCUGUUUUCAAGCAACAAACCAUACCCCUCUGAGUAUGGAUUGAAGAUACAGUCGAGCUGAGAAAGGAAAAGGGCAGGCUCCCCCUGAGCUCCCAGCUAAACGUCCUCCGGUGCGCAUACCGAUAAAUGACAAC